GCAGGGUUAGUAUAGACUUAGCAACAGAACAACAAAGUUCUCCAGAGAAAAUCAUUGCAGGAAUAUGCGAAAAUUCAAGCGAAAAGUCUAUCGCGAAUAUGAAAAAUUUGUGAGACCCAAGACCCAUGUGGAGCCGGAACCACCGAAGCCUAUCAAUUUAACCAUCGAGGAUUUCAAUGCGCGCGGUGAAAUUGCCAAUCCUCGUGCUCCUUGUGUGGUUACCACCAUCGAUCCCGAUUACAUAAAAGAUGCAAGUUUGCAGCGUCUGGCCAGGAAGUUUCGCAUGAAAACGGACAUUCUACUUCUGAGAGAGAUCACGCGCAACCGUUUCAUGUACUAUGCCACUCAAGAACUCUUCUUGGACAGAAAACGAGAGAAGGAGCACCAGGACAGUCUGUACGAGAAGGCUGAAAAGUUUCACAAGUUUGCAGAGGAUUCACUCAAAAAGUUGGAGGCGGAGGAGUUUAAGAAAAUGCUCGAAGCCCAGGAGAAACUAAAGGCACUGAAAGAGAGCAAGGUGGCAGAGGAGCUGAACGAGGUAAAAUUGGAGCACCAGCGCGUCUUGAUGGAAGUGCAGGAGGUCUACGGCCGCUUUCAGUAUCUGCUCAAGCUGAUAAGUUACUUUGACGACACCGUGGAGGAGGAAGGCGAGAGUAAUGGGCUCGUAAUGCCACCCGAAAUUGCAAACAUGGAGAUAACCGAAAGGCAUCCGGCGGGGUUGGAACAGGUGCGCCAAGUCCAGGCCUAUAUGGAGAAGGUAGUGCGACCAUAUCUAGCCAAAAGAAAUCACCUCAACGCAGAGAUCUGGAUUCGUGGCUACGAGAGGAACCGCAUGAAGGUUUCCAACUACAACAGGCGCUUCACACAUCUGGCCAUCCUGAACCAUAUAGUGGGUAUUCUCCACGACAGGUCCCAGAAGACGUACGAGCGACAAGUAAAAGCCAAUGUGUUCCUCAAGGAUCCGGCCUUCCUGCAGCGACGUGUGGCUGGUCUGCAGGAGCGCGCCAAGGCACUGCUGGAUGACUUCGAGCACAGCUACUGCAGGGACAAGCUGAACAUCAAGCUAAAGAGCAUUGUCCCUGUGAUCCUGAAGCAAAUCCAGAACAAAGUCCAGCCGGAGCAGAAGAAACAGGUGGCAGAGCUGCCGCCUAAGCCGGUGGCAAAGAAAUCAUCCAAGCAGUGGCGCACUCUGGAGGAUAUGCAAGCUCCACCACUGCCGCCCAAGUCCACUUACGAAGACGAGCAGGACACGACGCUGGCCAAGGUGGAGAAAAUACAAGCCCAUGUUCUGGAUCUCUUGGCCAAGUUGGAUCACAUAGAACCAAACAAGUUGCGCAGCGUGGAGCAGCAGGUACGUCGGCGCAUGGCUGCCGAGAAGGAGAUGUCGCGUCGGGCUUUGGUUAAACAGAACCGCCUGCACAACUGGAUGGCACAUUUCAAGAAGCACCAUCGGCUGCAGGUGGAGCAGCGAAAGAAGAACAGGGUCUAACUACCUAUUGAA